GCACCACUCGUAUAAAACAAACUGGUCGACUUUUGUGUUCCAGUCCCCCCGACUCCAAACUGCAUAACCCCGUUACUUCACAGCCAUGUUUGAGCUUGAGGCAUACUUUUCCAUCCAGAUCUUCUUCAUCAUCUUGAGAGAGACGUUGGAAACGGCCAUCAUCAUAUCUGUGCUUUUGUCAUUCAUAAACCAAAAUAAUGGACCGUCAACCACCCCCUCGCCGGCCGACACGGAGCUCCAGCGCAAGCUCAAGCUCCAAGUGUGGGUGGGUGCCAUUUCGGGUCUCGCCAUCUGUCUUUUCAUAGGUUUGGUAUUCAUCACCGCCUUCUAUUAUAUCGGUAAGGACUACUGGUCUCUUACCGAGAGGUUAUGGGAAGGGGUGUUUUCCCUUCUUUCCAGUGCCAUAAUCACCAUCAUGGGCUUAGGCUUGCUUCGUAUCAAUAAGAUCAUGAAGGUUAAGUGGUGGAUGAAGUUGGGAGAUGCUUAUGACUCCAACAAGCAGAUCCAGCGGCCACUGCCGGACGAGGACGCUGACGCCGAUACCCCCGAAGACCGGGUCGACCAAAAACGGUACUUUCUUGCCAUUUUGCCAUUCAUCACCACUUUGAGAGAAGGCUUGGAAGCGGUGGUGUUCGUGGGUGGAAUGGGCGUUUCCAACCCUCUCACCUCGUUACCACUUUCGAUCAUGUCAGGGAUUAUUCUCGGGUCGGCCAUCGGAUACCUUUUGUAUAAAGGAGGAAACAAGUUGUCGUUGCAGUACUUUUUGAUUAUUCUGACGUGCUUUUUGUACACCGUGAGUGCUGGGCUUAUGAGCCGUGGAGUGUGGUUCUUGGAGCUUGAGCGGUUUGUGCGGAGAUGCGAUGGUUUUGAUGUGAGCGAGACUGGCAGUGGGCCUGGUUCCUACGACAUCUCCACCAGUGUGUGGCAUGUCAAUUGCUGCAACGGGUUGACCGAUGGUUGGUGGAUGGUGUUCAACGCCAUUUUUGGCUGGACCAACAGUGCUACCUAUGGUAGUGUGGGUUCUUAUAUAGUGUACUGGUUGGUAGUAUCCUUGUGGUUGGAAAGCAAGUUGUUUGAAGAAAGACACGGAUACUUGCCAUUGAUUCCUAUUCGAUUCCAAAUCAAACGCAUUAAGAAACGCAUCAAGUUGUACCGGUACAUACAAGAAAGCCACGCCCACCAGAAAGAUCAUGAUUUUGAUGCUCCAUACGAGGAUUUGCAGAGUAAUCCAUCAGUGGAUCUUGAGCGUCUAGAAAGCCACCAGUUGUUGCACAGGGCAUAGUUUCCUAAGCAUACUUGAGGUGCCAGUCAUCAUAUACCUAUGCCUCCAACACGUGAUAUGUGGUGGUGCCAGUAAAGCAUCAAGCGCCCACCGUGCUGGAGGGUAUAUCAAAACUUAUAUUUUAAUAUCUAUACAUUCACAACCAGUGGAUAAUACUUAUAUUUUAAUUUUGUAGUUGGUGCGUUAUUCUUAGCACCUUCAGUAACCCUGAAGUCGCAGUCAUAGCUAUACUGGCAAACAUCCCCAGGAUACUGUAGCCUGGGUGAACUCCCAUGAAUAAAAAGGAUGUAAAUAUGAAUAUCCCCUAAAAUCGAAUAAGCAAUUACUUUGCAAUAGUCAUCAAGUUCACAAAUAGAGGUUUCAGAUCGCGCAGACGCUUUUUAGUGUCCUGAUAAGAUGAAGCAAAAAGUUAAAAUGUAAUUAGUAAACUGCAAUGAGACUUUGAGACUUUGAGUCUCAUUAGUGUACGGGGUCUUCAGGUUUUUUUACCCCAAUAUAUAACUAGAAGAUAAAAACGUCGAAACUGAUUCUUUUUUGUUCUUAAUGGUUUUUUUAUUUUGGCGAAACUGAAGGGAAAUAUUGGCCUUCACAAUCAAUAUUAAAAUCUUGGCGUGUUUUAUUAGAAUGAGGAGGAAGUCGAAAAAAAUGGUAAGUAUCUUUGAUUUUUGUAUCAAAGACGCUGAUCAAUGGUAUUUUUGGCUCACUUAAAAGGGCGCUCUUGCUUCACAAAUCGAUGAGGCUUUAGCAGAAUGAUUGGUACUACUUUGUAUAUUGACUACAGGAAUUGAGAUUGCAGCUUCAAACAUUCUUGAGCUUGAAGUCUCUAUAUCUAGCACUUUUCGCUCGGUGUACGGGUCUGACCCAUACACCCACCGAAGUUCUGACCCAUGUAAAGCAGGCUCCGAUCAAAACAAAAGAUUUAGGCACGCGAAUCUCCACCAGCCAGACAUGUUUUAAAACACCUUAAAAACCACUCAAAAUAUACCUUCUUGGGCCCAAAAAAAAAUGUAUACCCAUUACCUCUGUUCCCUCUAGACAACCAACCCGUCCGUAGAACCUUACCUCUUCAAUUGCAAAAAAAAAACACGCGAGUACAUCGCCUACUGCUGGCUGUUUCACGCUCCUAAAGCCGCUUUGUGUCAUCAUUUCGUGGUAAAACGUA